AUGGCCAAUUUGGCAUUAUAUAAUUUGAUUAUACACAACUUGCUGCAAAGCAAUUUGAACAGUGUACUCAUGUUUCACUGUUGGCACCUGCCAGCUCUUUUACCAUUGGGYCAAUUAUUCUCUCACAACUUGAUAUUUUCGCAAUACGUAAAUCUGAAUCAGUCCAACGAGCACCUGGCUAACUUUAGUAAGACAUAUUUGGAUAGUGAAUUAAACAAAUUGGGCGUGUUUCUAGACUUGAACUGUGAGCAGAGCAAUUAUAUAACUAAUCAGUCCAGUCAAGCCCAGCUUUAUACGCAAGACUUUCAUUGGCUGAUCUACGAUAAAGCAGGCAAUAUGAAUCGAUUUGAGGAACUCUUUGUGCGAGCUAAUCUGAGCAUCAAUGCGGAUGUGACCUAUGUGAAAGAAGAGCAAUACUCCAAACACGAGAGCCUCUUUACACUUUACGAUGUGUACAAUCCAGGCAGCCAGUUGGGUGGUCAGCUCAAUAUAACGAUAGAUCAGAGCAUCAAAUGCAAUCGAACCAAAUGUGAGCUCAACCAAUAUUUGAGUGAAUUAUACAAACGAACCAGACUGCACCAGCGCAUGGACUUGAGCGGAGUUACCUUCAGACAAGUUGCCUUGGUGACCGUUAAGCCAUUGAGCGUGGGCGAGGAGAAGCUGCUCGAGUUUCUGAAUAGCGAAGAGAACGUGCAUAUGGAUUGGCCCUCACGUUUGGGCUAUCGCCAUAAUUUGCACCUACAGGAGCUGCUGAGAUUCAACUUAACUUACAUUUGGCGUAAUCUGUGGAGCGUAAAUGAUACCCAAGGCGGCGCCGUAGGUGUGAUGAUCGACGGGAAUGUCGAACUGUCGACAACGGCAUUUGUGCUCUCAAGUCAGCGAAUGCGUCACAUCUUUCCCACCAUGGAAGUUAGCCAAUUUCGCUCGAUUUGCAUUUUUCGCACUCCACACAAUGCCGGCAUCAAAGCUGGCGUCUUUCUGGAGCCCUUCAAGUUCAGUGUCUGGUUGGUUUUUGUCGUUACACUGAUCCUUGCUGGCAUAUUGCUGUGGCUAACCUUUCGACUGGAGCAUCGUUGGAUGCAGCACUGUAUGCAGUAUAUACCCUCGCUGUUGAGCAGUUUGUUGAUUAGCUUUGGCGCCGCCUGCAUUCAGAGCUCUCAUCUGAUACCCAGCUCGACGGGCGGCCGUCUGGCAUUCAUAGCACUCAUGAUGACCUCAUUUCUCAUGUACAACUAUUACACAUCGAUUGUGGUGUCCACGUUAUUGGGCUCGCCGGUUCGCUCCAAUAUUAAAACCAUGCAGCAGCUGGCCGACAGCUCUUUGGAUGUGGGCUUCGAAACAAUUUCCUUCACUAAAACGUAUUUAAAUAGCUCACCACGUGCCGAUAUCCGAGCUUUGGUUAAGCGCAAGGUGGAUGGACAUGAUCCCAAAAAAAUCUGGAUGUCAGUCGAUGAAGGUGUGCUGCGAGCCCGUGAUCAGCCUGGAUUCGUUUUCGUCUCGGAAGCCUCAAACCUAUACACCUUCAUCGAGAAGUACUAUUUGCCGCAUGAAAUAUGCGAACUGAAUGAAAUCAUGUUCCGUCCGGAGAGUAAUGUCUACAUGAUGGUGCACAAGAAAUCCACUUACAAGGAGCUACUGAAGCAAAUCCAUGUGCGCAUGCUAGAGACGGGCAUUAUUCAGAAACAUAAGCUCUUCUAUACCAAGGCCAAGCUGCACUGCUUCGCCAACAAUUAUGUCAUCAAUGUGGGCAUGGAAUAUGCAGCGCCGCUCUUUAUAGGUCUGCUGCUCUCCUACAUUGCCUCAAUGAUUACCCUAAUUCUGGAACUAGGCUGGGCUUACUUCGGCAGACGGCAAUCGCAGCGUUUGCCCACUGCGGAAUAA